CAAAACCACAGAACUGCCGUAUAAAUCUUACUCGAAAAUUCACUGGAGAAUAACCGAGUGCUUCGCAAGCCUCGAAAUUGUCUUUGCAGGUGGCACUUCUCUGCCCGGAAGCCACGAUGUCCUUCGGGUGGAUCUCAACCCGAGUGACCAGUACCGCGCAAUGGUGCUUGCUGGACAGAAGCCCGACACAAUCCUGGACGUCUGUUCUCGUGCCAUGGCCUUUUGGUCGUACCAGGUAGCCCAAGAAGCGGCGUACAAGGACUUCGUCAUGGAGAAAACGAAGGCACGUUCACAGCAGGUGGUCAAUGAACUGGAGGGUCUGGUGGACAAGCUCAACAAGGAGUGCCAGUCGUUGAAGACAGAGCUGGAAGGUUGCCUCCGAGAAAAGAAAACCUUAUGUGAGCGCCUUGGGGAACUGAACGAAAUGCACCUCGAGAAAGGACGUCAGUACCAGAAGCUCUACGCGCAAUUCCAACAGCUGAAGAGACGUAGCAUUCCCGUUCUGGAAACACCCCAUCACAGCGCUAGUCCGAGACUUCCGCCUACGCUGGUAGCCGCUUCGGCCCGGGACGUCUUGGGGCAUCCUUCGGAGAUAAAGAUUCCAAGUCACUCCCCACAGCUACUGGGUCGCAGCGGAUUCUUUCUGCAACCACGUCCUUGUGCCCCUUUCAACAAAGACCGGUCUACUCCCCUGCAACACCUUCAAUAGGUCCCUUCAUUGAUGCG